UGGUUCGCAAUUCACACACACCCACACACACACUAGUCUCCGCAGUUUCUCUUUGUGCUGUUUCCUUUGAGGAUUCUAAGGAGCUCAGAUUCCAGUGAAGUUUCAAGAAGAUUUAAGUUCUAUCAAAGUUAUUAGUUUUAUUGUAAGACGCGGUGGACAUGGGCUACAUGAAGGGUCUCCUACUUCUACUCGGUGUGAUGUGCACACCGAGCACCUGCACACUUGAGUGCCCCAGAGGCUUCAACAUGGAAGAAGACACCUGUGUUGAUGUGAAUGAGUGCCAAGAAGCUCCACCACCGUGUGGGCACCACAUGCAGUGCAUCAACACAAACGGCAAUUAUACGUGCCGUUGCCAGCCGGGCUUCACGCUCAUUGACCAACGGAGUAACUCGCUGUGCGUAGACAAUAACGAGUGUGAUACCAAGGACAUCUGUGGUCUCAAGGCCUAUUGUAGAAACCUGAUCGGGAGCUACGAGUGUGCCUGCUACGAUGGCUACAUGAACACCAACACGAGUAGACAUUGCAUAGAUAUCGAUGAAUGCAAGGAAACUGAGAAACGAAGAGAAGACAUCUGUGGAAGUAAGGGAGCGUGUAAAAAUACAGAUGGGAGUUAUUGGUGCAAGUGUGCAAAUGGAUACACCAAUUAUGGCAAUGAAAGAACUCCAUGCUCUGAACUGCAUUGUGGAACAUUUGAAGCUGAGAAUGUUACACAGCAUAAUGCAGGCCUGGCGGAUCUUUUGUCCAUGAUGAGAAACAGCUGUGUGGCUCUGUCUAACCGCAAUGCCAGUGGGGAACACACGGCUAAUGGAGAUGCGCUACUGGAGAAACUCUUAACGGCGUCAGAGAACAUCCUGUCAUCGGUGGACAUGGACGCCACAGAAGACAUGUAUGAGCUGCUCAGCACAGUGGAGAACGCCAUCAGACUCAUCGGCCCACAGCUCAAAGGCAACCUUACCAAGAUGGAUUCCACUGAGACAGAUGUGGCGAUUGCAGUACAGAGAGGAAGUUCUCCACCCACUGGACCGUUUUAUCUGAAGACUGAAAAUGCAACGCUCAACACUGACUGGAAAACAGCAGCAGGAACUGAAACUUAUCCAGGCUUUGCUAUGGCGGCCUUGUUGAGCUACAAGAACCUGGAGAGAUCUGUAAACCGCUCCUUUGACCAGCUCCAAGGUUUCGAAAAAGAUGGCACUGAACCGACUUUCAAAAUCUUUUCCCGAGUAGUGUCAGUUGUGGUGUCCAACCCAUCCACUCAGAACCUGAGCCACCCGGUCGUCCUCACGCUCAGACAUCUCCAGGACCAAUCUGAGGCGAGCUACAUCUGUGUAUACUGGAAUGACCGAGGCGCCUGGUCCACAGAUGGUUGCCAUCGACAACGCUCCAAUGCUACUCACACUGUGUGUCAAUGUGAACAUCUCAGCAGCUUUGCUGUGCUGAUGGCUCUCUAUCCUGUGGAUCAAAACUUUGCACUCCUGUUGAUAACGAAGACUGGCCUGAUUGUGUCCCUGCUUUGUCUGAGCAUUUGCAUCCUGACGUUUAAGUUUUGCCGCUCUAUUCAUGGGACCCGCACAACCAUCCAUCUGCAUCUCUGUAUCUGCCUCUUCAUCGCUGACCUCAUCUUCCUGGCUGGCAUUUCCCAAACAAAACCCGAGGGCGGCUGCAGGUUUAUUGCCGCCAUGCUCCAUUUUUUCUUCUUGGGAGUGUUUGCAUGGAUGCUACUAGAGGGUGUGCAGCUGUAUCGGAUGGUGGUCCUGGUCUUCAACGUCACCAUCAGGCCCCUCUACUUAUUCCUCUUCGGCUACGGGACACCCUUGGUUAUCGUCAUAGUGUCUGCCAUCAUCAGACCCAAAGGAUACGGCACUAAGGAUCUCUGCUGGCUGUCCCUCCAAGACGGCCUCAUCUGGAGCUUCUAUGGUCCCGUGUGCGUCAUCAUCUUCCUCAAUGUCUUCUUUUUCAUCGUCACUGUUUGGAAGCUGGCCCAGAAGUUUUCCAGCCUCAACCCCGACCUCAGCAAGCUGAACAAAAUAAAAACCUUCACGGUGACAGCCAUAGCCCAGAUGUGCAUUCUGGGACUCAUGUGGGUGUUUGGAGCCUUUCUGUUUAAGAAGGGCCACAUUGUGGCAGAAUACUUCUUCACCAUCUUGAACAGCUUCCAGGGAGCUCUGGUCUUCAUCAUGCACUGCCUUCUAUCCAAGCAGGUGAGAGAGGAGUACUACAACUUCCUAUCCUGCAUAUGCACGCAGAAGAAAAAAAGAUACUCUGACUUCAGUAGUACACGUCCAUCCAAUAGCCAAUCACAAGGUUCUCGGAGUGGGCAGAACACUGGAGAAUCCCAAAUAUGAGUAGCUCCCUGUAUUAGAUUGUAAUUAAUUGAUACACCUUAAUUGAGCCGAGUCAUCCUGAUGGUGCAUUCAGGUACCAAGAUAGUGUUUGUCAUGUCAUAAAGUUAAAUUCAGAGUGGCCAAUGCAGCCAAUCCACCAGUAGACAUAGGAUUAUGAAGAAUUUCAUCUUGAACAUAUCUUUAUCAUCAUAUAAGCUAUAUUACGUAGUGCGGUAUUGACUAUUUAUUAAGUACAAACAUUAUAGAUUUUAUCAUGGGAGACUUUUCCUAGUACAACAAUGGGUAAUAUCUUAAGGGUCCCUUAGAGAAGAUAGCCUCCCUGCACUGUAUCGAACCAUACGAGUUGAUUUCAUUGUGGACAAAACAUAAUUUAUAAAAUGCCUCAAGUGUGGUGAUCACACAACUCCACGAGGUAUCAAACAAAAUACGUAUCUUGAAUCACUUUUGGCACAUUUUGGGGAUGGGCCGAACACCACUUUUUCAUAUCCAUUACGAAUGGCCACCAUGGACGAUACUGCACAGUCUACCGAGUCAAAUUCCUUGUGUGGUAAACGAACUUGGCCAAAAAAGCCGAUUCUAAUUCCGCUGCUUUUUGUAUCUGCUGAUACUGAUUCCAAUCCAAUACCUUCUUUUCUCCUUGCAUGUUAUUAAACUAGAUUUGAAUGCAUGUAUUUUGGUCAAAAUACAUGUUUAAAAACACCGCGUUCAAACUGGGCAACAAAUAUAUCUAAUUAUUCAGUUGGAUUGUUUGAUAUUUGCUACAGUAGUACCUCAACUUAUGAAUGAAUCAGAAUUAAUUUAAGUUGCCCCCCAAAACAGCACGAUUUUAACAUGUAACAUGCCGUUUAAAAAUAAAAACAAUCUUUUAAGUGAUCUCAAUUGGUAACACUUUAGUAUGGGGAACACAUAUUCACCAUUAAUUAGUUGUUUAUUAACAUACAAAUGAGUAACAUAUUGGCUCUUAAUUAGUCAUUAUUAAGUACUUAUUAAUGCCUUAUUCUGCAUGGCCUUAUUAUACAACCAGUAAGCCAUUAACUAAGAGUCUUCCCUCAAUAACCUCAGAAUUACUGCUUAUUAGUAACCCUAACCCUUAUAUGUUCCCCUAGUCUCCAAAUAACUCUAAAUUAAGUCUUUGUUACUUUAAUAACCAAGUAAUUAAUGGUGAAUAUGUUCCCCAUACUAAAGUGUUACUGAAAUAUUGUAUAUAAACUAUACAAGAGAAUGUGCUACUAACAACUACAGUAGUUUUAUUAAGUAAUGUAAUCAUACAACAUUUACCUAGGAGAGUGGACUUCUACGGUAUUUCCUUCCAGCUGCUUCUUAGUCAAACACACCAUCAGCAGUUUGAUGUUUUUUUCUUUAAUUCAACAAAUAUCAUUCACUUCACUGUCCUUCACAUUCACUUUUUUUGUUCCAAUUUUCGGAAAACAAAGUUAUGUUGAUCUCAUGUUAUAAGCUAAUGCUAGCGAGUAAGAUCAGAUGUUUUGGGCGGAUCUUACGGGAGUCACUGUGACAUUUGCUAGACCAACUCAAGGCGGGGAUGCUUGUGACGCAAAUUUGUGCUUGCAACUUGAAGCAUAACAACAAGCCGGUUGAAAACUCUUAUUUUAAAACACUCUUAAGCUGGGGCACUCUUAAAUUGAGGUACCGCUGCAUUAUAUAUUAAUUAUCUUUAGAUUGGUUUUUAUCAAUUCAAUUUCCCACAAGAUGAUUCAAAUCAUGCACCUCAGCUACUGCUGCUUAAACUGCACAAAGCUUUUAGUAGCAUUUUUUAAUGGUUGCCAGACACAGCAGUACCAUUCAAUAAAAGUGACUAAAGUAAAAAAUAUUUGCAAAAGUUAAAUCUGAGGCAAAGGACAAAUGAAUUAGAAUUCCAGUGAACUGAAAUACUUCACAUUUAAAAUGGCCUACACUUGAAUAACAAUAACACAGCUAAAUAAAGCAAGGCAAUGUUAUUUAUAGAGCACAACUCGUACACAAAAAAUUACAAGAGGGCAAAAAUAAAAAUAUAAAAUAUUCAUAAAAAUAGUCGUAACUCAAAUUAAAAUCAGGAAAUAAAAUCAUCAUAAAACAAUCAUAAUUGAAAAAAUAAAAUAGUGUAGAUACAAUUAUUUCAGUUGUCAUAUGCACAAUAAAUAGAAGGUUUUUCAACCUGGCUUUGAACAUUGCCAAUGUUGAAGCCUGUCUCACAACUGCAGGGAGACUAUUGUAGAUUUUAGGAGCAUAAAACUAAAAUGCAGCCUCACCAUGUUUGGUCCUGACUCUCGGCACCAGCAGGAGACCACUCCCUGGGGUUCUUAGAGGCCCAGAUGGUUCAUAUGGUUCUAACAUGUCAGAGAUGUACUUUGGCACUAGACCAGGGAAUUACUUGUACACAAGGAGAACUGUUUUAAAGUCUAUUCACUGAGCAACAGGAAGCCAGUGCAGUGACCUAAGCACUGGACUAAUAUGGUCGUAUUUCCUGGUUCUAUUCAGGACUCGAGCAGCAACAUUUGGAUGUACUGUUGCUUCCUUACAGCUCGUUUAGAGAGCCCAGUUAGAAGGCAUGGAUUAAUCUUUUAAGUCUGAUUUAGACAUUAUUCCUCUGAUUUUGGCAAUGUUUUUCAGUUGGUAAUAAGCUGCUGAUGGUAUUGACUUAAUGUGGCUGUUAAGAAGGUGCUGCAGUGUUGACCAUAACUUCAAUCAUUAUUGUUUAUAAACUUACAAUUAGUAGCGUAUCCACUUCAAAAUAUACAAUAGGACACGGUACCUGCCCAGUAUCGGACCAUCCCUAUAGUUAUUUUGCUCGGAGUACACUUUCUAUAUGUGUGCAUUAUCGUUACUUUAAGGGCCGACUGAAACAAAUGAGGCCCAAAAAGAUAUUUUGGGAGUUUGAAAACUGUUUAUCUGUGCACAUUCCUGUGAUCAAAAUGUGUUUGUGGAUUAAAACCCCAAGUUAAUUUUCGUUUUUUGUAAAAGCUGCUCUCCGCUUUGCGUCAAAGUUACUGCAAGGUUUCAAUCUUGGGAGAAAUAUACCUUAAAUCGUAUUGUCGCACUUUUCCUUUUUUUUUUUUUAUAUAUAUCCAGAAACAAGCUUCAUUGUUUGCUUUUCAUGACUUGAAAACGCUCUUCUUCCUAUAGAACAGUAGACUUGAUGUGAAGUAAUUUAUAGAGCUGAAUCCUACAGUAGGAUGUCAGAGUGUCCCACUAGAAGACGACAAGGACAAUCUUUUGGUGUAAAAGUCCUGUAUGUUUGUUUACAUUUCAAUCUUGUCAUGCCGUCUUUGACAAAAUAACUGUUCUUUAGUACGAAGUUUAGCUGCAUUUAUUUUCUAGAAUUCUUUUAUGCGUUUUUUUUUUGGCAUCUGGUGAAUGUAAUAUUUUGACUAUUGACUAGUGAAGGUAUAUAAACAUAUUUUUCUACUUUGUUGUUUUUCUACUGUUUUCUUGAAAGAUUAUGCACCAGAUAUUUUAUUAAAGUUUCUGUCAUUACACUGGACUCUGGCUGACUCAAGACACUAUGAACAAUGUGCAAAGAUAAUCAUGCACAAUUUUGAUUGACACUGUCCCAGCUGAUUUGAAGGUAAAUCAGCAACAAGUCAAUUCCAAUACUUAUUCUAAUUCUUAAGAGGUCAAAGUUGACUGUCUAAUUCUCAAAAGGCGUUCCUCACUAGUCACAAGCCUGCCCUAAAAAAAGGUUACCACCUGGAUUUGUUGCAGUUGGUCAGGUCUAGCUUCAGCAAUGGUAUGUGUCCAAAGAAUGAGGUCAUCUGGUUAUCCUACCUUCCAUUAAUUUUCUACCGCUUGUCCCUUUCGGGGUGGCUGGAGCCUAUCCCAGCUGCACUCGGGCGCAAGGCGGGGUACACCCUGGACAAGUCUCCACCUCAUCGCAGGGCCAACACAGGUAGACAGACAACAUUCACACACUCGGGCCAAUUUAGUGUUGCCUAUCAACCUAUCCCCAGGUGCAUGUCCUUGGAGGUGGGAGGAAGACAAAGUGCCCGGAGGGAACCCACGCAGUCACGGGGAAAACUGGAGACCGGGGAUCGAACCCAGGACCUUCUUAUUGUGAGGCACAAGCACUAACCUCUGUUUCAUGUUUGCUGGCAUCUUGCCAUUUUGAGGACAAUGUGAUUAAAUCAGAUCAAUGACCCUUAAAAGUUCAUCUGGUUAUGACCAGGUUAUUUAUUAACAAUGUGUU